CUGCAGAUUUCAGAUUUCUUCCUUCAAUUUUUUUAGUCCUCGUGUACAUUUAUAGGGUACAAAGAAUGCACUUGGCGCGCAAUUGACCUUUCUAUAAAUGCUUUUGGCCUUUUGUGUUUUGUUCAACUUUCAUAUCUCAUAUGAAUGAAGAGAAAGGUAAGGAGAGAAAAACCAAGGGAAGGGAGCAGAAACCAAGUACUUGUAAGCCACCACCAACAUUUGCCUUAGCCUCUGCCAUUUGCAUCCUUGCAACUAAUGGAAGUUCAGUGCAGUCCUUGGGAACUUUGCUAUCAGGAAGAGGGGAUACAAGAGUUGAAGCAUUCUCUUCUGUACACAACCUUGGAGCUUGAGACAACAAUUUUGUCAGCAAAGGAGAAGAUUGCAAAGAGAGAAGAAGAACUUGUUCAGCUCAAAGAUCUCCUAAGAAGAACCGUCCAAGAGAGAGAUGAGGCUCAAGCAAAAUGCCAAAGGCUAGUUUUGGACAAGCUCAAGCUCCAACAAGAGCUGCAAAAACAGCAAAAACAACAAGAUCAAGAAGUAGUUGCUGCACAAAAUGAGGAAAUUGAAUCAAAAGGCAGGGAUUCAAACAACAAACAUUUUGCCUCUUCUGACUCUGAUGAAACCAUCACUGCAUCACCAAAUGCAGACCGAAUUACGAUCCCACCACCAUUGUCGCCACAACCACAAGCUGCCUCAAAAUUGGGAGCUGAGAAGCCAUUAGUAUUGCCAGAGAAGGGGAAGCUACUGCAAGCAGUAAUCGAAGCCGGACCACUCCUUCAAAACCUUCUCCUGGCUGGACCUCUGCCUCAGUGGCAGCACCCUCCUCCCCAGCUCAAAUCCAUUGAGAUUCCACCGGUUGCAAUCUUUCCUCCAACGCGGCAGCGUCUUCUGCCCCAAGACUCCUGCAUUAGCAGUAACAUUAGCUGUUUCAGCAACAAGAGAAGCCUGAUGCACUGUGAUGAGCCUGGUUCUGAUUCUUCACCCAUCACCAAGUACCAAAAGCUUGUUCUGCAUUGACCAAAACUGCUUUUUUACUUUUUGGUUACAUGAUUUUUCUAAGGCUGCCCAUCUUUUUCACACUGUCACACAUGCAAAGGUAGCAGCAUGAAAUGGAUGGCCACAAUGCCUCAGUUUGAAAAUUGUUUCAAACACCAGCCAGUCUUAGAAAUGAAAAAUCCUAACUUGUUUGAUUUAGCAUAUAUAUGUUGGAUGGAGACUUGAAUCUAUAUCUCUUUCAGCAUUUAGCUGCUCUAAAAUCUGUAGUUGAUGUGAAAUUAAUGGGAGAUCAAAUUAGAAUCUCCAAAUUAUGGUAACCAAAUUUCA